AUGAAGGACUUUGGGCCAAUAAGUUUAUGUAAUGUUAUUUACAAGUUGAUUUCGAAGAUAUUGGCUUUAAGACUCAAGGAGGUCCUUCCUCAUGUUAUCUCUGAAACGCAAAGUGCUUUCCUCCUUCAAAGGCAAAUCAUAGACAAUAUUCUUGUUGCUUUUGAACUCAUCCACAACAUCAAGCACAGUAAAAGAGGUUCUAAAGGAUAUGCUGCUCUUAAAUUGGACAUGAGCAAGGCUUUCGACCGAGUUGAAUGGUCUUAUUUAGCUGCUGUUAUGGGGAAAAUGGGGUUCAAUAUCCGUUGGAUUACUCUAAUUAUGAAUUGUCUGACCACAACUACAUUCUCUUUUCUCAUUAACGGUACUGUCACGGGCUCGGUAUUGCCUCAACGGGGUCUUCGCCAAUGA